AUGGAUAAACCAAUUGGAAUGCGUAAUUUGACUAAUACCUGCUUCAUUAAUUCACUCCUGCAAUCUAUCUAUUCGUUGAAUUUAUUGAGAGAUAUCGCUCUAUCGGAGGUACCGGCGUCAUCGGGUUUUGAUCUACUUGACUCCCCCGCACUCCGAGUCUGGCUAGAGGAAGGCUACAACGAGCAACUCAAACUAACUUGCCACUUUCUAAAUACACUAAGGGAUGCUUGGAAAUCCACCAAAUCCCCAAUAAUCCCAAUAGAAAUGCUCAAAGCAAUGGCAUCUAAGUACUCCCAAUACAACGACUACGGCCAGCAAGACUCCCAUGAAUUCCUUCGCCAGCUGUUUGAUGCUAUGCGCAUGGAAGAGCUCGACCUGAUUUACUCCCUCAACCCCCACCUCAAACAGGUUUUGAACCGCAAGCAGAAGAAAUUGCAACCUCACCACUAUCAAUCACUCACCCCUACCACCUUUGUCGAUCGCCUGUGCGAGGGUAUGGUUGUGAAUGUGAUUAUAUGUGCAAGUUGCAAGCAAAUCUAUCACGUCUACGAACCUUUUCUGGACAUCUCUCUCGCUUUGCAGGAUCAGCAUGAGAAGGCUCCCAAAAGGAGAGGAUUUAGGCAGUCUAUACGCGAAAACUUGCUCGGCAGUAACAAAGAGGGCGUUAAUGCGCGUAAGGAUGAGCUGACUGUGGAAGAUGUAGUGUUGAGUGAUACGGAGGAGAAUGAUAAUGAGGAGGGGGGUGAAAGUGAGCGAGAGCAAACAAACACACAGUCACAACCACAACCAACCAAAUCGAAGCGUUUCUCCUUCAGGAACAGUUUCUCUCUGGGCAGUAGCAGCACACCCAAGAGCAGCAUCAGAAGGGCAUCUGGACUAGCUCCCUUCCCGCCCCCUUCCCCAUCCAGCAGUCCGCAGAUGGGCUCGUCGCCCUCUCAACUCGCUCCACCUCCCAGCAGCAGCAGUAGUAGCCUCGGUCGGCGAGUCAGCAAGAGGAUUAGCAGAGGUGGUAGUGGGGGUGAAGAAGCCUUUCAGUCUUCUCCUACUGCCGCUAAUGCUGGUGCUAGUGAGGAAGAUACGACACGCAGGAGCAGGCGCACCAUUGAGGAUAAAAUUUACACCCAGAAACUCUUCGGUGACCUCUCCACUCCCAGCUCUACCCCCACACCGCACAGUCUCAGUAUGACCGAAUUGGGGAGCGAGAUGGCGAGUGGGGGUGCGGGUGCGAAUGGGAAUGCAAACGCGUCGCCGAGCGACAAAGAUAAAAGUAACAAUAGCAGUAAAAAUAGCGGCUUCAAAGAUGGCCCAACGGUGAAUGGAUCGAAUGCGCAGAACGGGGUGCUGGCAGCGCUACGCCAAGCGCCCCCAAAACCCAGUAGUGAUACUACCAAAGAUGGCAGUGGGAAUGCCAAUGCUACUGUCAAUGGCGAGAGUGAGAGUGAACCCAUGUCAAAUGGCCCUACAAAUGGCACUACCACCUCUACCACCUCACAUAGCUCAUCCGCCACACCAAAGAGCGGCAUUGAAGAGGCCUUUGAGAGAUAUGCAGGUAUCGAAACACUCCAAAAUGAGAAUGAAUUUCAUUGCCACGGGUGCUGGAAGAUGCAAAAUGAGGUGCAUGUCGAGAUGAUUAGACGGUACAAGGAUUCGAAAAGUAGGAGUAGGAGUGGGGGAAUCGGCAGAAGUGGUAGCAGGAGCAGGAGCAGGAACGGAAGGAAUGGCAGCGCUAGCUUAUCGGCUUCCCCAGACAAGGGCAGACCGGCUGCUCUCGGAAUGGCGCCUCUACACGAAGGCGAGAGGCUGGAUGACCAAGAAAAGGAGUAUAAGAAUGAGAAUGAGAGUGAGAGUGACAAAGAGAGAGUUGAAGAAAGCGAGGCGGAAAAUGAAGAUAACGACGUCGACGCUGACGACGAGGACGAGGAAGAAAUCGACGAAAAGGAUUGGCGAGCUUUCUACGGUGACACAGUCGCUUAUAUCCCCCGCCAAAAGCAAGUGGUUGGUACGAAAGCAUUGCGUAGAUCACUCAUCGCCAUCGCUCCACCAGUGCUGGUAUUGCAUUUGAAGCGCUUUGGUAGUGUGGGUGGUUUCGCUCUGAGUAAGAUCUUCGAUAAUAUCACUUUUCCUACUCUCCUCGAUAUCGGCGCCUACAUUGCACCAGAAAGGCCAAAACAGACAAGCCAGUCUCAGUCACAAUCACAAUCACAGUCAAACCUCCCCGACGACAUCGAUCCUACCACCACAGAAGACUUCAAACGACUCGCUGAACUUGCUUACCCGGUUAACUCGACUAGGUAUAGACUGCGCUCGACUGUUAAUCACUGUGGUCGCACUAUGAUUAGUGGUCAUUAUACUUCAUUCGCGAGUAGAGAGAGAAGAGAUGUGGAUAAGGAUGAAAACACAGAUGAGGAAGGUAAUCGUGAUGACCUGCAGUGGUAUUGGGCUAGUGAUGAGACAAUACGGGAGAAAACGGAAGAGGAGUUCUUACAAGAGAGCUUCAAAAAUGAUGACCAGAAUGUUUAUGUUUUAGUUUACGAGAGGAUAUAA